AUGGAGGCCCCCCCCAGCGACGACCCCGGCACUGGCCUUGAAGGUGCACUGUGUCACCGACUCUAGUCCCUACAUUUUCUUUCCCAUCUGGUUCCGCAAUUACCGCUGCAUGUUCCUGGUUUCAAGUAGUGUUUUUUUCAGAUUUACUGCAAGUUCUGUUUUGAUUUCUGUGAUAUUUCCCCAUGGGCGGCUGCAAUGUCGUAUGGGAAUCGGGGGAGGGAGGAAGCAAGAGUUGGGGGUUUGUUUUUUCGUGGGCAUUUCUAAUGGAAUUAUUGGGAUUUGAGUAGAACCCUUGUGGCAAUUGUCAUUGGGUGGCGGCAGCGGCAGCGGCGGCGGCGGCGGAGGCGGCGGCGAGCCAGCGUACCCACAGCGUCCCGGGGAGCGCGACUGUGACUUCUACAUGCGCACUGGAUCUUGCGGCUAUGGCGACAAGUGCCGCUACAAUCAUCCACGCAGUCGUGCAAUAGUAAGUGCUCUCCUUAUAGGGCUCCGUCCCCCCGGCGGUGACAGUCUUUUUAGAUCAUCAGAAUCGGUGAGUAGUCCUUUCCGAACCUGAAAUCUGUAGGUCGAACAUAAAGAUUAGGAAUGGAAAGGACAUUGCAAAAAUGCAGAAACCUUAAUAUCUGUUUCCAAAAUCGCAGAUAUUUGCUUCCUCUAUCUGCUUUUGGUAAUGCAGCGUUUAAUGGCUUCAGGGAACUCCGGCUGCUCCGAUGUUUGGUGGGGAGUAUCCAGAAAGGGUUGGUCAAUCAGUAUGUCAGGUAUGUUUUUCUUGUCUUUGACUCGUAGAGUUCACCUGGUCAUAUGCUGGGAUAUUGUUGGAUCAUGGGCGCAGAUGAAGUGAUCGUCAAUAAAAAUCAAUAACCUCAUAUUUUUGACUAAAUUAUUUCAUGGGCCAUCCUCUUGAUUCAGUAUUUCAUGAAGACUGGGACCUGCAAAUUUGGUGCCAGUUGCAAGUACCAUCAUCCAAGACAGGGAGGCCCUGUGCACCCAGUUCAGCUGAACUCUUCUGGAUUUCCCCUGCGCCCGGUUUGGACCCAUUGCAUCAUGGAUGUUCAUCUUUUGAUUAUUUUCUUCGGUAGUGGCUCUGUCUCUGAGGGUGUUCACUAAAUGCAGGGAGAAAAAGAUUGCUCCUACUAUAUGAAAACCGGGCUCUGCAAAUUUCGUGCAACCUGCAAGUUCCAUCACCCGGAGUUGGCUGACACGUCAAUGGCUGGACUUGCACCCGCGCCUCCAUUCUUCCCGGGUGUGCAGUCUUCGUCAGUCCACCCUCCCAGUCAGUUCCCAGCCAUGGCCGGCUGGCAAAUGUCAAGCCCUGGGCAAUUAUUACCCGGAUCAUAUAUACCAGGGGCUUAUGGUUCCAUGUUAUUCUGCCCAGGAGUGGUUCCAGUUUCAGGAUGGAGUUCUUAUCCAGUGAGUUAAUUUUCGUCAAUGGAGUAAAGUUCCCUUUUUUAUCUGGUGCGAUUGCCCGUAAGGAGGGCCGUUAGAGACACAGAAAAACUGAGUUUCUUGCCUUUUUUUUUUUUCUGUUUUGUAGCCCCCUGUGAACCCAGCUAUAUCCCCUGGAGGCCAACCAUCAUUUCAAGCAGGUCCAGCGUAUGGAAUGCCCCAUGAGUUGCCUCCAUCAGUUCCAGCCUAUCCGGGUCCCUAUCAGUCGACAUCUUCUUCAGCUGAUCCGUCAGUGAGUGGGCGAAGAGAAAGUCUGUUCCCAGAGAGACCAGGCCAACCCGAAUGCCAGUACUACAUGAAAACAGGGGAUUGUAAGUUUGGACCCACAUGUAAAUAUGAUCAUCCACGUGAACGGGGAAUGCUGAAAAUGAAUUACUCCUUAAGUCCUCUGGGUCUGCCUCUUCGCCAGGUAAGCAGCAUUGUUUUUAAGGCUUUGUUAAAGUUUUCUGUGUAAGUAGCUAUAUGUUGGUUUAAACGUUAUUAUUGAAGAUUGGUAUUUUCUGGGUUAUAUUCACUGUUUAGGGUCCUGAAGAAAAAAGUGGUGAUUUAACUCCGUCAGAACCCUUUCACUCCGGACCUAAGUAUUCAAAAUCAUCCCAUUUUAGUUUUAUGUUCAGACUAAGACCAUAUUGGACGUGAGCCCAUCUAUAUGGCAAUCUCACUAACACAGCCCAAAGGGAUCCAAACAUCAACUUAUGUUGAAAAAGGGAACAGGACAUGGACAGAUCCUGUGGCAUAAACUAGACGAAAUGGCUGGGCCAAUUGGAUCCAGACAACAUCCUGAUCGAGCUAGCUAUAACCUUUUGUAAACAAUGUGAAGUAUGAGUAAUCAUAUCACAAGAUAACUGUAAAUUAUCACAAAGAAUUAUGAAGAAUCAUAAACCACUCAAAAUCAUGAAGGCCCGGCCCUUUUCCUUUACGCUGGGAGACGGAUUAUAUAGGACCAUUAAUUGUAAGUAUGAUACCACUUAUGAUCUUUUGUUUAAAGGUCUGUUAUAGUGAUUCCAUGGAAUCUGAUAAGUAAUUUUCUAAGAAAAACAUCAUACGAAAUUUUUGAUGAGAUACACAAAUGACGAGAAGAAGAACACGGCAAACAAUCCAUCAUCGAAUUUCAAUCCUGUAUUUAUGUUUCUACGGACACACAGUUAAAGAAUUGUAAUGUCUGUGAAAGGGAAAAGGGCCUAUGUUUAAAUGGCUUCAUGGACUAUGUCGAUAUGAGUUUUCAAUGAUUAAUAUCUGUAGGGACGGAUACGAAUGAUCUCUAUUGUUUUUGCGAAUUGGCACUUUAAAAUAUAUGAAGCAUCUGAUCAGAAAAUCUUUCUUAAAUCUGAUGUCCAUAUGGACUGACACAAAUGAUACCAAUGUUUCGUGCACUGACUAACUUUUGGUUUCUGCCGGAAACAUUUAGUUCUUUUUAUUGGAUUAUCUGACUUUCACCUGGUGAUCACCACGUCACUGGCAUCAAAUAAUACAUUCAUUUUGGAGUAGUGAUCAAUGCUUUCGACAGAAAGAAAUGGUAGAAGCUGGUCUCUGUUAAAUGUCUAUCAAUACAUAUGUUUAAAAGCUUCUAAUCACUUGUAGGCCUGAUGGUGUAAAGUUCGCUAGAUUUCUUUUCUAUGGAUGUUUUUCAGAUGUCUUUAUAUCUGAUGCCUAUUUGGUAUAUGUUUUUUCCUCUCCAGCCAUGAUCAUGUGUGCAUCUUUUCUUGUUAUAAUCCAAGUUUGAAUGUGACACCACAUUUGUCAAUGCAGACGUAUUAUGCCAGCUUAGUUCUUGUAUCUGUCUUCUGACAUCCGCAAAGUAUAAAUCUUUAUGGGUGAUCCUGUGAAUAUUUGCAUUUAAAUUUCUGGUCAAAAAUGUCUUUUGAUCAUCGCACCAAUGUUUUUUCUCUCAAAAUUCAUUUCUCAUUCAUUGUAAUAAAAAGAAUUGUUACCCAUAUGAGUUGGGAUUAAAGUCCAAAGCCCAAAUGCAGUCAUUUGAGAAAAUUCUUGUUUGAUCUAUCUUGCAUUUUUGUGGAUAUCCUUUUAUAAUCACUGAAGAUAUUGACCGUUCAUCCUUGAGAAUUUCUUAAUGAGCUUAAGUACAUUGGAGACAUUCCUGGUGUUUGAUUUUGGUUAAGAUUGUUAAUAUUUUGGCUAGAUACCACUACGAGAGGAAAUGUUUUAAUAUUGAGAAGUGGCAAUGGAAAUGUCUAGGAUCAUACAAGAGAAUUAGUUUCUUUCAGAAGAUUAAUGUGGCCAGGUUCUUGGUGAAUGUCCCACCAUUGAAGUUUAGGGGGGUUGGGGUCUGCUGAAUUGUUCCCAAAACGAGGCUUGAGAAUAGAUGACCAUCUGUGAAUGAGAAUUGCAGCUUGGAAAUUAUUCAGGUGCGGAUUGUAGAACUUGGUUUACUGUUUUAAAGAGAAUAUCAUUUCAUGUGCUUGUUUAUUGGUGUCUCAUCCUUGCUUAAAUUGUGAAAUACCAUGGAUAUCCAGUUCUGGUAAAACACUUGUUUCCGGGCUAAUCAAGGGACCCAUUCAAGAAAACGAAUGAGUAGUUCUCAGCAAAAUGCUAGGAAUGCAUUCUUCUAGUGAGAUGUUUUUGGUGUUUUGACUUGAGGACAAUUUCAGCUCAUAUUUGUUAUCUGUUUUAAUCAUCUUGCUGAACUUUUUAUCUCAGGUUCUUUCUUCCUUUUUUUCUCUCGUCAGUGGGUCUUCUUUUGUAGAUACAAUUUGAAAACGAUUUUAUUUACUCUAUUAUAGUUGUUAUAAUUUCUGGGAUCCAUCCAACUCAAAACUAUUUUUUGAUCUUUGGAGUGAACCCAUCGUUUUAAUCACAUGUUUACUUUAUAGAAACAUAGAGGGGAUUAUUCUUAACGCAUCCCUCACUUGUUGGAUGGGUUUUUACUUUUAUCACGCUGCUAGUGUAAAUAUUAUCUUAUAUAAUCUGAGGACAACCGUUGGAUCUGAUAUCAUAUGAAAAUUAUUAAGAACAGCGUCAGCUGUGGCAUCAUUAUAAUCUAAUGUUUAGUUUUUUUAGUACCUAAUGCACAGUGUUCUCAAUAAUAAUACUAGACCGAUUUUUUUUUUCUCAUUUUUAUUAUGAUGUCCUGCGUCGGUCAUGUUGUGGCAUGAACAUCUUAAAAACCGUUCAUAUGAAGAUCAUGUAUUUGGGCAGUGACUAAGCAUCUUGAAUUCUAUAUUCCUUUUUCAACUACUUGGAAUUCUUAAUAAGACUAUUACUGUAUAACCUAAUUUCAACUUUUUGGUUUUUAUUUCUGGAGACUAUGCUUAAUUACUUAAUUUGCAAAGGCUACUUUAUGGCAUUGGAUAAGUAAUUAAUUAUCUUAGUAAAUAUUCUGGUAUUAUUUUUCUAUUUCAACCAUACUUCCACUGAGUUUUUUGGCAUUAUUCCUUUUAUGUAAUUAUUUUUUUUCAUGCUGAAACAGGGAGCUCCGCCUUGCACGUUCUAUAUGCAACAUGGGGAAUGCAAAUUUGGUUCUUCAUGCAAGUAUGAUCAUCCGAUGGGGACGUUGUUGAGCUACAGCCCAUCUGCGUCUUCUCUUCCCAAUAUGCCUCCUGCCUCCUUUCCCAUCGGAAACUCUGUCCCAACUACGGCCCAGACCUCAUCUACCACAUCAUCUACAGAUCUGCGGCAUGGAUUCAUGCCCAGUUAA